AUGUCGGUACGUAUUAAUGACAUGAAAAAGCGAGCCGACCUCGUGGGACAAGUCGUGAGUAGUCGAAAGCGCAAGGAAUCGGAUGUUCGAGCAGGAUUAUCAAAGGCGUUUGGACGUCGCACGGAGAAGCUAAAGCAACAUGUUGGCCUUUCGGAAAUGUUCACGGACAAGGAGUAUGAUAUACUCUCACAAAAGUUUGGCGACAAUUUCUUCCAGUUGCAGCUUAUCAUGCGUGACGUGGAACUUUAUAUGACAGAGAUGCAUAACUCGCUUGCUUCGGUCCGGAAAAGUGUUAUCAACCCGAUGGUGACUCUUUUAAAACUGCACGAUGGGCCGCAGAGAGUGAUGCAGAAGCGAAAUAAACGGUUGCUCGACUAUGUGAAGUAUAAAGCUGUCAAAGAUCGUGGCGACAAACCGGACAAGAAGACCGCAGAGCUUGGGGAGCAAUUUAUCGCCCUGAAUGUCACUUUGAAGGAAGAGCUUCCACAGCUCUUGUCUCUGACUGGCAAGUUGAUGGAGGCGUGCCUAAAUAAUUUCGUUCAGCUCCAGACCGUUUGGCACACCCUGAUGCAAAAGCGACUUGGUUAUACCAUUGAUCGAAUGCCGCAGGACGUUGCUCAGAUCAUCAACGACUGGUCGGGCGAUUUCACAUUCAGCGAAGCUCAAGUUCUCUCGCUCGGUGUUUGCAAUGGUACUGUUCUCGCCGACACGGUGAAUGUCCAUAAUUUCAGCGCGCCCUCGACAUCACAUGGUGCGGAAACGGCAUCGUCAAGAAGGCCGUCCAGCACCACAACAAGAACAUUCUCCGUUGAGCAUGGCACGUCCCCCAAGGUGUCUGUGGAGUUUGGGGCAAAUCCACCUGUGAGUUUCAUGCAAUCACCCUCGCACGGAGAAAGUUUUAUGCACCAUCCCAACGGAUCGCAUGCCCAUAUUGGCGGACGCUCACGCACCAACUCCAACUUCUCCGGCACUCAUAUACCUUCCAUGAAUACCGUGGUGAAUGCGCCAACACGUUCCAGUGCCACUCCAAGUACUGGGGCCGCAAGCAACACAUCGUACCGUACUACCGAUGCGUCUCCGCUCCUCCCGCAACUCUCCCUUGAUACACCACGCUUUCCAGAAUUCUUAUCCGAUCCGCUUUCGCCAGGUUAUAAUCCUAAUAGCAAUGGCAGCCGGCCCAAUCCGCCCAACAUUGCCGAACACCCUUCGUCGCCCGAUGCUUCCCGGUACUCAGGUUUCUUCUCCUCUGCAAUGCCAAUGGCGGAAUCGUCGACGCCGCUCACACCACCGGAUUCUCAACCGGGACCCAAGGAACCCAAAGUCUUGUUUCUGGCUGCCAGCAUGUUUGAAUUCAACAUUGACCGCGCGCGUCGAGAAGCUGGGUAUCCGUACCUGACGUAUGUCGCGGGGGAGAUAUUCGAUGUCAUUGGAGAGAAGGGCGACCUGUGGCUGGCGAGGAACCAAGAUGACCCGACGCACCAGGUGGGAUGGAUCUGGACGAAACACUUUGCGAAACUUGCGGGAUGA